CCACACAACAAAGAUAAUUAAAUUAAUAAAUAAAUAAAAAUCCCCCUACCUGCUUUUCCCAAUCCCUCCCAUAUUCUUUCCCAUCUACACUACUUUCCCAAAACAUUUUCCCCAUUUUCUCACACCACAAACACUUCUUCUCUUUCUCUUUCUCUUUCUGAUCCCAGCCUGGAAUGUCCCCUGAUUUAUUUUUUUUGAUUGGUUUUCAGUUCUGGGUUUCAUUGCUUUGAAUUGUUUUCAUUCACAUUGCAUUCGUUUUGAUAAUCCAUUCGUGGUUUUCUGAUUAGGGUUUGGGUUGUUGCAUGUGGUUGAGGAUUUGGUGGAUGCCGGAUGUGGGUUUGUUGGGAUUCAUGAUUGGGUUUUGUGCGUGAGGUUUUAGGGUUGAUUGGUUUGUUUUCGACAUUUGAUGCUUUGAUUUUGAUGAUUAAUGCAUUUUUCUCUGGGUCAUCCAUUGGGGUGUUAAUUUGGUGAAUCUGAUUGAUUUUGGUGAUUUUUUUGGUGGUUUGGAGUUCUUCACAAAUAAAUGGUAAAUUGGGGACGAAUUUGAGUUUUGAGUAGAUUGAGAUUGAGGCUGAAUUGAGGUGUUGUGAAGUGGGGUUUACAAUGGAGCAUGUAAUCGGUGGGAAGUUCAAGAUGGGAAGGAAAAUUGGGAGUGGGUCUUUUGGGGAGCUAUACAUAGGUGUUAAUGUACAAAGUGGGGAGGAAGUGGCCAUCAAGGUGGAACCUACCAAAACUAAGCACCCUCAACUUCAAUAUGAAUCAAAGUUGUACAUGCUUCUCCAAGGAGGAACGGGAAUUCCCCACCUCAAGUGGUUUGGAGUUGAGGGCGAGUACAAUGUCAUGGUCAUUGACCUUCUUGGACCGAGCUUGGAAGACCUGUUCAACUAUUGCAAUAGGAAGUUCACAUUGAAGACAGUAUUGAUGCUUGCAGAUCAAUUAAUUAACAGAGUUGAAUACAUGCAUUCGAGAGGUUUUCUUCACCGUGAUAUAAAGCCCGACAACUUUUUAAUGGGCCUAGGGCGCAGGGCAAAUCAGGUGUAUGCCAUUGAUUUUGGCCUUGCUAAAAAGUAUAGGGAUCUACAGACACAUAAACACAUUCCUUACAGGGAAAAUAAGAACCUCACAGGCACAGCUCGCUAUGCAAGUGUUAACACCCAUCUAGGAGUUGAGCAAAGCAGAAGGGAUGAUCUGGAAUCUCUAGGCUACGUGCUUAUGUAUUUCCUAAGAGGAAGCCUUCCCUGGCAGGGGCUGAAAGCUGGCACCAAAAAGCAGAAAUAUGAUAAGAUCAGUGAAAAGAAGAUGUUAACUCCCAUAGAGGUACUUUGCAAAUCAUAUCCGUCAGAGUUCACAUCAUACUUUCACUAUUGCCGAUCAUUGCGAUUUGAAGACAAGCCAGAUUAUUCAUAUCUGAAGAGGCUCUUCCGGGACUUAUUCAUUCGAGAAGGUUAUCAAUUUGACUAUGUAUUUGACUGGACUAUAUUGAAGUACCCUCAGAUUGGUGCCAGCUCUAGAGGACGGUCCACUGGCAAAGCAGGUUUAAAUGCUGGACCAUCAGUUGAAAGACUGGAUAGGACCUCAGGGCAAGAGAUUCGGGAUAGAUUCUCUGGUGCAGUUGAAACAUUCCCCCGAAGAAAUGCUUUUGGUUCUGGUUUGCACAGUGACCAUUCCAAAAACCGGACUUCAGAUGGUGUACCCUCAUCCAAGGAUGUGCAACCAGAUUCAGAAAGAGGCCGCACUUCCCGAAAUGGAAGCACUUCAAAAAGAGCUCUCAUCUCAAGCAGCAGGCCAAGCUCCUCUGGAGAACCCAGUGAAGGACGGUCAAGCCGACUAGUGUCGAGCAGCAGCCGCAUGUCCUCCUCCCAUAGAAUCCAACCAGGGUUUGAGUCCAAAUCAUCGUCAUUUACACGCACUGCAGCAACAAAAGGCACACGAGAUGACCCUCUGAGGAGCUUUGAGCUGCUCUCAAUCAGGAAGUGAAAGAGGAGAAUUGGUUGCCUUAAAAAAAAAUAUUGCUGGGGUUUAAUGAUAUCUCUCUUGUUGUAUAUGGGAAACCACUUUUAUGAUCAUGAUUAUUGAAGGUCACACCUUGCAGUUUCUUUCUUCAUCUACAUAUUUUGUGCCCUGUGUAGCUUAUACUUGAACACACGUCUAUGAAAGAUAUGAUUAUCUGCAAUUGUGAGCGGAUUUUAUUCUCUGACCAAUAAGCGUUUGUGUUGUUGGCCUUCA